CGUGCGCUGACGCUUGACAAGUGACAAGCAGUCGCAAUUUUAACGCGCGGUAUUAUUAUCCACCGCGUAUUAUAAUAAUUUAUUUAAAUAAAUAAAUUGUCCUCUAUUUGGAUAUUAUUAAUAAAUCCUUGGAAUUGAUAUCAGUGUGUGUGUGUGUGGGUGAUUUUAAAGUGAUCAAAUUUAAUAUUACAUAUAAUUUUUCAUCAAAAGGUGAGGCUGUUAAACCGGUCACUGGAUAAAGACCUGUUCAAGAUGCUUCAUGAACCACCAGGAGUAACUAAAGCAUUUAUUACCAUGCUUAUGUUAGCUGGUUUUAUGAUGAUCAAUGUUGUACUUGCUGAGGAUGAUUCAAUGGGACCUGUGUUUGUCAAAGAACCACCAAAUCGUGUUGAUUUUUCAAAUGGAACUGGAGCUGAAGUUGAAUGUCAAGCUCGAGGUAAUCCUCAACCUGAUAUUAUUUGGGUUCGUGCUGAUGGAUCAGCUGUUGGUGAUGUACCUGGAUUACGUCAAGUUUUGCCAAAUGGUAAUUUGGUAUUUCCACCAUUUAGAGCUGAGGAUUAUCGUCAAGAAGUUCAUGCACAAGUUUACAGUUGUUUAGCAACAUCACCAGCUGGAUCAGUGCAUUCACGUGAUGUCAACGUAAGAGCCGUUGUGAUGCAAAACUAUCUACCAGAAAUAUUAACUGAGUACGCGAUUCGUGGUAAUAGUGCAAUACUUAAAUGUAGUAUACCCAGUUACAUUGCUGAAUUUGUAACAAUUGAAGCUUGGAUACGUGAAGAUGGUGAAAUUUAUCUUCCCGAGCAACAUGAGACAACAACUCAACUGGAUGGAAAGUACUUGGUUUUACCAUCUGGUGAAUUGCACAUCAGAGAUGUUGGACCUGAAGAUGGUUACAAAACUUAUCAAUGCCGAACAAAACAUAGACUUACUGGAGAAACAAGAUUAUCAGCAACUAAAGGACGUCUUGUCAUCACUGAACCAGUCUCAAGUACGAAGCCCAAGAUGUCAGCUCUAGAUGUGAAAUCAAAUCAACCAACUGUUAGUCAAAAUGCAUGUACUAGUCUACUUUGUCCCGUUCAAGCUUAUCCCGUACCGGAUCGUUAUCGAUGGUACAAAUUUGUUGAUGGAACAACACGUAGACAACCAGUACAAUUAAAUGAACGUGUACGUCAAGUCAGUGGUACACUUAUUAUUCGUGAAGCACGUGUUGAAGAUUCAGGAAAAUAUCUUUGUAUUGUUAAUAAUUCAGUUGGUGGUGAAAGUGUUGAAACAGUAUUAACAGUAACAGCUCCACUUGGUGCAGAAAUUGAACCACGUAGUCAAACAGUUGAUUUUGGUAGACCAGCAACAUUUACUUGUAAUGUACGUGGUAAUCCAAUUAAAACAAUAUCAUGGAUGAAAGAUGGUAAACCAUUAGGACAUGAAGAUCCAGUAUUAAGAAUUGAAAGUGUUAAAAAAGAAGAUAAGGGAAUGUAUCAAUGUUUUGUUAGAAAUGAUCAAGAAAGUGCACAAGCAACUGCUGAAUUAAAACUUGGUGGACGUUUUGAACCACCACAAAUAAAACAAGCAUUUGGUGAAGAAACAUUACAACCUGGUCCAAGUAUGUUUCUUAAAUGUGUUGCAAGUGGUAAUCCAACACCAGAAAUAACAUGGGAACUUGAUGGUAAACGUUUGGCAAAUACUGAAAGAUUACAAGUUGGACAAUAUGUUAAAGUUAAUGGUGAUGUUGUUAGUCAUUUAAAUAUUUCAAGUACUCAUACUAAUGAUGGUGGAUUGUACAAGUGUAUUGCUGCCUCAAAGGUUGGUUCAGCUGAACAUUCUGCUCGUUUAAAUAUCUAUGGUCUUCCUUUUAUUCGUCAUAUGGAUAAAAAAGCUAUUGUUGCUGGUGAAACUCUUCGUGUGACAUGUCCAGUUGCUGGUUAUCCAAUUGAAAGUAUUGUUUGGGAACGUGAUACUCGUCUUUUACCAAUUAAUGGAAAACAAAAAGUUUUUCCAAAUGGUACACUUAUCAUUGAAAAUGUUGAACGUCACAGUGAUCAAGCAACUUAUACUUGUGUUGCAAGAAAUGCACAAGGCUACAGUGCACGUGGAACUCUUGAAGUACAAGUUAUGGUGUUACCACAAAUAGCUCCAUUCACAUUUGGUGAUGAGGCAGCAAAUGCUGGUGAUAUGGCAACUGUACAAUGUGCAGUUAUAAAAGGUGAUUUACCAUUAGACAUAACAUGGUCAUUUAAUAGUGAACAAAUUGAUCUAGAUCAUCAUAAUGAUAUUAUUGUAAGAAAAAGUGGUCAACGUGCAAGUACAUUGACUAUUGAAUCAGUUGCUGCAAGACAUGCAGCAACAAUAACUUGCAGUGCAAGUAAUGCUGCUGGUGCAACAUCACAUUCAGCUGAUUUGUCAGUUAAUGUUCCACCACGUUGGAUUUUGGAACCAACUGAUAAAGCAUUUGCUCAAGGCUCUGAUGCAAGAGUUGAAUGCAAAGCCGAUGGUUUCCCCAAGCCUCAAGUAACAUGGAAAAGAGCUGCUGGGGAUACACCAGGCGAUUAUACUGAUUUAAAAUUAAAUAAUCCUGAUAUCAGUGUUGAAGAUGGUACAUUGUCAAUAAAUAAUAUUCAAAAAACAAAUGAAGGAUAUUAUCUUUGUGAGGCUGUUAAUGGAAUUGGUUCUGGGCUAUCAGCUGUUAUUCUUAUUUCCGUUCAAGCACCACCACAUUUUGAAAUAAAACUUCGUAAUCAAACAGCAAGACGUGGUGAACCAGCAGUAUUACAAUGUGAAGCACAAGGUGAAAAACCAAUUGGAAUUUUAUGGAAUAUGAAUAACAAACGUUUAGAUCCAAAAAGUGAUUCACGUUAUACAAUACGUGAAGAAAUUUUAUCAUAUGGUGUACUUGCUGAUUUAAGUAUUAAAAGAACUGAAAGAAGUGAUUCAGCAUUAUUUACUUGUGUUGCAACAAAUGCAUUUGGUAGUGAUGAUACAAGUAUUAAUAUGAUUAUUCAAGAAGUACCAGAAGUACCAUAUGGUUUAAAAGUACUUGAUAAAUCUGGUAGAUCAGUACAAUUAUCAUGGGCAGCACCAUAUGAUGGUAAUACACCAAUAAAACGUUAUAUUAUUGAAUAUAAAAUAAGUAAAGGUUCAUGGGAAACAGAUAUUGAUAGAGUACUUGUACCAAGUUCACAACAAAAUAUUGCUGGUGUAUUUAAUUUAAGACCAGCAACAACUUAUCAUCUUCGUAUUGUUGCUGAAAAUGAAAUUGGUACAUCUGAUCCAUCUGAUACUGUUACAAUUAUAACUGCUGAAGAAGCACCAUCUGGUCCACCAAGUUCAGUACGUGUUGAUGCAUUGGAUCAGCAUACACUUAAGGUUACAUGGAAACCACCAUCACGUGAAGAUUGGAAUGGUGAAAUUCUUGGUUAUUAUGUUGGUUAUCGUUUAUCAACAUCUGAAAAACCAUACAUGUUUGAAACUGUAGAAUUUUCAAAAGAAGAUGGAAAAGAACAUCAUUUACAAAUUAUGAAUUUAAAAACUUAUACACAAUAUAGUGUUGUUGUUCAAGCAUUUAAUAAAGUUGGUUCUGGUCCAAUGAGUGAAGAACGUAGACAACAUACUGCUGAAGGUGUACCAGAACAACCACCACAUGAUACCACAUGUACAACACUAACAUCACAAACAAUUAGAGUUUCUUGGGUAUCACCACCUCUUAUGGCUGCAAAUGGUGUUAUCACUGGUUACAAAGUUGUUUAUGGACCAUCUGAAACAUGGUACGAUGAAAAUUCAAAGGAUACUAAAAUAACUUCAUCAAGUGAAACAAUUCUUCAUGGUCUUAAAAAAUAUACAAAUUAUAGUAUGCAAGUAUUAGCAUUUACAUCUGGUGGUGAUGGUGUUAAAUCAGCACCAAUACAUUGUCAAACAGAACAAGAUGCACCAGAAGCACCAAUUGCUGUUAAAGCACUUGUCAUGUCAGCUGAAUCAAUUCUUGUAUCUUGGCGUCCACCAACACAACCAAAUGGUGUUAUAUCACAAUAUACUGUUUAUACAAAAGCAGAUAAUGCAGAAGAAGCAGUUAGUCAAAAAGUAUCACCAAAUCAAUUUACAUAUGAAGCAACAAGUUUAGAUAAACAACAUAGAUAUGAAUUUUGGGUUACUGCCAGUACAAAUAUUGGUGAAGGUGAACGUUCUAAAAUUGCUACAUUGGCACCAAAUAUUCGCGUUCCAGCAAAAAUUGCAUCAUUUGAUGAUAAAUUUACUGCAACAUAUAAAGAAGAUGUUAAAUUACCAUGUCUUGCUGUUGGUGUACCAGCUCCAGAGGUAACAUGGAAAAUACGUGAUGUUAAACUUCAACCAAGUGAUAGACUUCGUCAAUUACCAGAGGGUUCAUUAUUUAUUAAAGAAGUUGAUCGUGCUGAUGCCGGUGAAUAUUCAUGUUAUGUUGAAAAUUCAUUUGGUCAUGAUACAGUUACACAUCAACUUGUUGUUCAUGCACCACCACAUUCACCUGAAAUACAUUUAACUGCAACAACAACAAAUUCAUUAACAGUUAAAUUACAACCUCAUCAAUCUGAUACUGCUCCAAUUCAUGGAUAUACAAUACAUUAUAAACCAGAAUUUGGUGAUUGGGAAACUGUACAAAUAAGUUCAACAACACAACAGUAUACAAUUGAAAAUUUAUGGUGUGGAUCAAAGUAUCAAAUUUAUGCAACAGCAUAUAAUGGAAUUGGAACUGGUGAUAAAUCAAAUACCAUUAAUCCAAGUACCAAAGGUUCCAAGCCAAUUGUUCCUGAAGCAUCACGUUUCAUUGAAGUUGCAACAAAUAGUAUUACACUUCAUUUAAGUGCAUGGUCUGAUGGUGGUUGUCCCAUGCUUUAUUUUGUCAUUGAAAAUAAAAAAAAACAUCAAACUGAAUAUGCACAAGUAUCAAACAAUGUCAAAGCUGGUGGUAAUUUUGUUGUUCUUGAUCUUGAACCAGCAAAUUGGUAUCAUCUUCGUGUAACUGCUCAUAAUAAUGCUGGUUUUGCUGUUGCUGAAUUUGAAUUUGCAACUUUAACAAUAACUGGAGGUACAAUUGCACCACCAAUAAGAAAUACUAUUCAUGAAAAUGUUGAUGUACGUCGUUUCUUUCCAUGGUUACCACCAUGGCUUGAUAUCAAUAUUGUUGUACCAGUUGGUGCAACAGUUGUUGUUAUUAUUGUUGGUAUUGUUGUCAUCUGUGUUGCACUAUCAAGAAGAACACGUGGACCAGAACAAACACGACUUCGUGCAAUUCCAUCUGGCGAUGAAAAAUAUUAUGAAGGACAAUAUGAUGUAGUUUAUCAACAAACUGGAAAUAUUGGAUCAACAAUGGAUAAACGUAGACCUGAUCUUCGUGAUGAACUUGGCUAUAUUGCUCCACCAAAUCGUAAAUUACCACCAGUACCAGGAUCCAACUACAAUACGUGUGAUCGUAUCAAGCGAGGUACAGUUAUAAGUGGUACAGGCUCAUUUAGAAGUCAUUCAACAUGGGAUCCAAGAAGACAUAUGUAUGAAGAAUUAUCACAUUAUGCACCUAAUAGAAGGUGUCCACCACCACCAAUAGGCAGUAAAGAUGCACUAUCUCGUAGAGGUAUGGAAGAUGAAAUUUGUCCAUAUGCAACAUUCCAUCUUCUAGGAUUCCGUGAAGAAAUGGAUCCUAGUAAAGCAAUGCAAUUUCAAACAUUUCCACAUCCUGCUAAUGGUCAUUCUGGUACAAUGGGACCAACAAUUGGACAUCCAACAAAUGCCUCAGCACAUAGCCGUUCUGGAUCUCAAUCAAUGCCACGUCAAAAUGGACGCUAUUCAAGAGUUCCAUCACAAGGUGGUCAAACUGUUUUCUCACCAGAAUAUGAUGAUCCAGCAAAUUGUGCUCCUGAAGAUGAUCAAUAUGGCUCACAAUAUGGUCAAUAUGGAGCUCCUUAUGAUCAUUAUGGAUCACGUGGAUCAAUUGGACGUCGUAGUGUUGGUUCAAUUCGUAAUAUUCCAAUGUCAAAUUCACCUGAACCACCACCACCACCACCAAGAAAUCACGAUCAAAAUAAUUCAAGUUUUAAUGACAGCAAAGAAAGCAAUGAAAUAAGUGAGGCUGAGUGUGAUCGUGAUCAACUACGUAGCUAUGGAGUUAGUGAUCAAGGCAAGGAUGGCAUGACUAAUGAAGAGAUGCGUAAACUCAUUGAGAGAAACGAAGCUGCCAGCAGGAAAACCAGCACCCCAAACAGGAAUAACGGGGGAUCCCUCACACCCUACGAUACUAUGGCAGUGUAAUUUGUAAAACAACAAAAAACAAAUUUAAAAUAAUUUAAUUUGAAUUAUUAUCAAUCUAUCACACCAUUGUCUAUCUCUAUAGAAAUUUAAUAGCAUUGGUUCAGUAGUAUUUUUUACUAAUUCAUACAGUGAAAGUUUAAAAUAUAAAAAACAUCUUUCAUUUAUCAGCUUUCAUUAAAAGUAUUUUCGUUUUUAUAACGUAAGGACUUCUGUAUAUUUAUACAUAACACUGAUAAAUCGUGUGAUACAAUUUUAUUUUUCUUUUUUUAAAUCACGACGUAUUUAUAUUUAUUUUAAUAUUUUUUUUUUUUCUGAUAAUUUUUUAAUUAUUUUAAACGCUGAAAAUGUGAUUUACUCUGAUACGAUAUUUCAAAAAAAGAAAAAAAUCGAAAUACUUUAAAAUCGAAAUUAAAAUUUAAAAAAAAAAAUUUUUUUUAACCAGAUGAAAAACUUGAUGUUUUUAAUAGUUUUUAAUUAUUUUUUCGUUCAUAUAUCUUUUUAUUUAAUGAUCAAGAAAAUCAAUUGAAAAUCAUGAUAAUUAUUUAGAUUAAUCAAUUCAAGGUUGUGUGACACUGCCUAUUCUUACGUUGUAAAAAAAAAAAAAAAUCAUUUGAAAAACAGGAAAAAAAAGGAUAAAUAAUAUUUUAAUUAGAUUUUUUUUCUUUUUUUUUUUUUGUAACGAAGGUUGUGCCGUGAAUUCCCUGUGUCCUAUUUUGCUCAGCGAUCAGAGUAUUUAGUUGCUGGGCUUGCCCAAAAUAUAAAAUUACUCGAAAACUAUAGGAGAUAGAUCACGAUGAUAAAAACUAUUUGAUAAUAUAUAUAAUAACCAGUCUAUGUUUUACUCGUACUCAAAAAAAUAAUAAUAUAAAAUAAUUGUCGUCCGGAAUAAAAGUUCUUCCGUCGCACUAAAUGCGUUCGUUUUUUUUCGUAUUAAACACUGACAUAAAACAAAAUUAAUUUCUCUUCAACAUAAUUAGUUUUUAAAUUUUUUUUUUAAAUUAAUGCUUAGCUUGUUGAAUAAAAUUUUUCAAUUCUCUACCUUCUGAUAUUAUCGACAAUUAUAUAUGUAAUGAAUAUAAGAUUUUAUGCUAUUCGAUAUGCUAUAUAGUAGUGUUUAAGAAACGAUUGAGAAUAAUGCAUAAUAAUGAUAUUAACUGUAGUGGAACAAAAAAGUAAAAAAUAAUAAUUAGAUAGUCGUUUAGAAGUAAAUUUAAAAAAUAAUAAUAAAUAAGACAUCAAAUUAUCUAAACCCUAUAUGUUGAUAAUGUGGCAGAAAAAAAAGAAACAAAUAAUUUUUUUUUUUCUCAUUUGGCAAACAAAUUGAUUUUAAAAAAAUAAUUUCUAUUUAAAAAAUUGAUAUUUAUUUUUAAGCCCAUGUCAACAUAUAGAAUUUAGAAAAUACUCAUUAAAAUUUAUAACAAUUAAAUCAAAUGGUCUGUCAUCAUUUGCAAGCCACAGCAAAAAAAAAAGCUCAAGAAAAUUUGGAAUUUUUUUCAUGCUUUAUCUGUAUAUGUGUUUUUUUUUUUCUUCUGUUAAAUCUUUGUUUAUAUUAUGAAUAUUAUUAUUAUUUUUAUUGUUGUUAUAUAUUUUAUUAAAAAUAAUAAUUUCCAGAUGAAAAAAUUGUGGACUAUGUGCUUUGUCAUGUUAAACAAGUUCAAG